AUGGUGGCCCUGAACUUCCAGACGUACGACAGUGCGUAUCAAUUGAACGAGGGCAGAUUCAGCGACAACGGGCGCUGCGGUUAUGUGCUGAAGCCUUCGGCAAUGUCACAGAAGGGCUUCAACCCUAACGCCAUCAAGUGCAAACUGGAGUCUGCGAUUGAGCUGAGUAUCGAG